AGCUUUAGCUACUUGGCUUAGGCGAAGAUGUGUUCGAGAACGAAUGAUCGUUCGUGAACUGCUGCGUGACGUUCGUCAACUGCUGCUAGACAGGUCGGUCCUCGCGUGCAGCUCAAGCACAGCUCGGUCUAGUGAAGUAGAUUCUUUUUCGGCGUUUUCAUAGUCGUGAACCCUCACCUCUCCGAGGCGAGCCAAGUCCUAUGCUAUCCUAUCCUAUCCUCGGAUCUUGACUAUCUGUCAUCUACCGCAGGUGGGACGAAGGACCAUGUAGUUGUAGAUGCACUGCUCGGUCAAUUAACUCGUUUUUGCCAUCGUUAUCGUGUAUCGUUAUCGUCGGGUGAAUGCUGUGCUACUACUGCAUACUAGAGCGGCCAACAAAAAGGAGUGUCAGUGUUUUACUCUGCAUAUCGUGUAAAUGAAUACGGAGCAGGGUGGAGAAGCUUAGGUCGAUUCAAAAGUGCAUGAGCGUGGGAUUUCCCCAUAUACAAAUCUGGUAAGUGACAUCCAUAUAAUGUCUCCGGCAAAGUAAAAGAUUUGGACCCUUUUUGGCCCUCCUUUUUUCCCUCGAAGAUAUAUUGUUAGUUUGAUAUUUUUUCGCGAGUAAGAGCGAGAGCCAACGAGAAGUCUUCUAUUUUUUUCCUCUUCAUCCAUGAUAAAUGCGUCUGCGAGUUUUACGAGAGUCUAUCAAUCUUAUAGUACAACCCGCACCUUGGCUUGGUUUUUUGUGGUUCUUUACGUUCAAUACAUCCACAUCCUGUAACUGUUCUUUGUUUGAGAUAUCCAACAUUUUUCUCAACAUUUUUCUGGUUCAAAAAUCGUAACUCGUUCGCUAUUUAUUUUUGUGGUCAUUCUCUCAGUCUCAGAUAGUUUAAAAUUGAAUCCUUCGCAAGUAUAGCUUACAACUGUGAGAAUCAAUGCAAGAUCAUGAAGUAAAACAAGUUCACCAUGAAUCGAAAUUUCGUCUCACCAAAUGGAUCCCACCACAACUCUAGGCUAGUUGUACUUAUAAAUCGGGUAAGUAACGACCAAGAAUCAAGAAGGUCCGACAGUUGGGUAGCUUGAGUUACUACUUGCUUUACUAGUACAAUGGUAAUUGCCCCCUUUGAACUUGAAGACCUGAAGAUCAACAUGCGAAAAAUAAUAGAGCAAAUGGUCUAGUUGUAGGAAGAGAUCUUCAGGAUGUGGAUCAUUGCACUCAGCAUAUUUUGAUGUUGACGAGCUCGAUAAAAUUGAAAAUGUCAUCAACAGACCUUUAUGGUGGUAUGACUAAGACAAGAACUAUGUCUAGCUAAUGUGAUGAUGUUACCUCAUCGCAGCAACGCUCUUAAAAAGCAGCACUUUCUCACGAAUACAAAUCUACUACUUGUUGUAUCAAAACUACAAGAAGAAACUAUUACUAGUUAGUACUACUAGUGACACGGCCGUGAAAGCUCUUGUUAGGAGCCGCCGAAGUCGACCAUUGAAUUGAAUUGACUAGUAGCAUUUUUCCAUCAUCAGUUCUUGGCUCAUCCUUCGCGUUCGCUCGUACCGGUUCAACCGCCUGCCAGCGAUUAUCCAAAGUGGCGGACAGGCCUGCUUUUGCCCUCGUCGCGCAGCAUGAGCAGCCAGAAAGUCAAAGGUACUGGUGAUUUUAUUCUCACUUCUGAGGAUUGUUGAGGAUUGGUCACCACCAUACCAGGUAAUUCUCGUCGCUCUGACGACACCUCCGAUUACAAGCCAGCAAACCUCCACGACCCAUUUACCUCUCUCUCUCUCUCUCUCUUUGUAGUGUAUUUAAAUCAUCGUAUGAAGAUGCUUUCCCAUCCUGUUUUUCUUUUUCAACACAGUUUUUCAACACAAAAUUUAGAGUCAGGACGUUGACAGAGACACUUUUGUACUCUAGUGCAGAUAUGACUGAACUCCUGAACUAGUACUGAUAUGAACCCGGAAAGUUUCUACUUCUAGCAUGCUCAAUAUCACGACUUUUUGACUGUGUUCAGCUUGAAACUACGAGACUCGAGAUCGCAAGCAAAAGGGGUAGGAGAUAUCUUUUAACUUUGGGGCAUUCGGCAUGUUCCUUUAGCAAGUCAGCAAAUUGAAUAAACAGUAAACAAAUUACCUUGAUGUCCCUGUCGUGUUAUAAUAACGUCUCGAAUUGUUCCGAAUAUGAAGCAAAUCUGAUACUGAUACAUCAGAAGCGGGAUUUUAGUAGUUGUAGUAGCUGUAGAUAUGAUAAUUACCAAGAAAUCGAGUAUUGACAUAAUGGCCCUUUCAUUCCGCAGCAGCACUCUGGAGCAAGCAUAGUUCUUCUCUUUUGAUGUUGUUAGUAGACAACACAACCUCAAGCUCAACCACAAGAGCAAGAUCUCUAGCAGAUUCUACCUAGAGUCUUCUACUUGUACACCCUGUAUCUUCUACAACUUCCUACACAUCGAUCUUGUUGCUACGUGUCUUCUCAAAGUGACGGGAUGGGGACUAUGCCACCGCAAUAUCAUCCAGGCGGCCCACCGCCACCAUUUACGGGUCCCCCAGGAGGCUUUCAACAUGGAGGUGGUAUGGGAGCACAACAUGGAGGAGCUCCGGGUAUGGCCAUGGGUCCUAUGCCGCCACAAGGAGGUCCGGUGAAUAUGAUGCCGCAACAUCAAGGGGCACCAGGUACUAUGCAUCCAAUGCCCCCGGGUCAACAUCUUCAUCCAGCUAUGGGCAUGCCUCCUCAACAUCAUCCAGCUAUGGGCGGUCAACAUCCGGGUCAACAUAUGGGAAUGGGUCCGCCACCACAACAUCCUAUGGGGGGAAUCCGAAUGCCUCCGAACAAUGGCCCACCACCCAUGAUGAUGCAACAACAUCAGAUGCAACAACAGAUGCCAGGAGGACAAGGAGCAGCACCUCCGGGACCUCCAGGAAUGAUGAUGCAGCAACCUGGAAUGAUGAUGCAGCAACCUCCACCGCCAUCUACUAUGGGCGGUCCGCCUCCUCCGAUGCAGCAGUUUCAUCCAGGUAAUAAUAUCCAUCCUAAUGGAGCGCCACCAGGAGGACCUCCGCCUUUUCAACCAGGACCUCCCUUUCCACAACAUCCGGGAGGAGCACCACCAUUUCAGCCGGGAGGACCACCGCCUCCACAUAUGGGAGGACCGCCGUUUCAGCAACAGCCGUUUCAGCAACAUCCACCUGGUAUAGGUACUAUGCCUCCUUAUCAUGGUGCACCGGGACCACCACACGGAGGAAGUCAUCCACCUCCAAUGCACCAGCAGCGACCUACACCAACCGGAGCAGAUGGACAGCGGAAUCCGAUGUUUCUGCAGAAAACUAGAAGUGGCACUUCUGUAACAAAGGAUGAGAACAAAAGUGGAGAAGAUGAACAAGAUCAUGGAAAAACGACAAAGACAAAAAGUAGUGGCGUACCACAGGAAUUUGAUGUAUACCAGUGGAAUUUCGGUCAUUUGACAGAGGAGCAACAGUCUCUAGUAGAGACAGACAAACUUCUCUACGACCUCUUGUUGAUGACGCUCAAACUUCAACUGCAUGAGAAAAGCAAGGAGAUGAAAAUGAUCAAAAAGAAGAUGAAGGAAAAAGCAGCAAUAGCGAAGAAAUCUCCUGAGAAUCCUAGUAGUGGAGAUAAUGAUAAGCCUCCUGCUGAACAAGCCUCCGGAUCAUCACCUCCGUCAGAUGAUCCAGCUGCUCCUCCAUCUUCUAGUAGUUCCUCUGAUGAUAAUGCGACUGGUGCUGGGGAACUUCUACACCAACUAGAGCAAAAACAACCUAGCACAGGACUAGAACAGCCACCUCAUCAAGAUGAAGAUCCUCAGCAGCAUAAACAAGUAGUACAAGACUUAGGAGAAGACCAGAAUUCCAAAGUCAAUAGUACCAGCAGCAUCGGUUCCGGCGCUGAGAAGGGCAGCAACGUGGAGUCAGAAUACAACAUGGAGGAGUCACCCAGUGCUGGAGUUGGACCUCCUUUGAGCUCAAAAGGCAGUUCUAACAAGCGACGCAGAUCACUCCUAGAUGCUGUUUCUGAGGAGGGCUUGUUGAAAGUGCUGUCGCCGGAUCCAGAAGUUGCGGAUGAAAAUAUGGAAGUAGAAGAUAAGCCAGAAGCUGGUGGAGCUGGUAGUGGAGAUGCAGCUGUAGAUCAGGAUGGCGUGAAGGAGAGCAGUAAGAACACCGCAACAUCCUCUAGUUCCGACGAUGACAAGAAAAUCGAAACUAAACUGCAAAACUGCAUUCUCAAUGGCGGGAAAGACGACAAUGUUCUAGUAGAUAUGCUGAACAUGAAGACUAGUACAGCCGUGUCGGCAUCUUCUAGUAGUUCUAGUUCUAGUGCCGGUCCUGCACAAGCUGAGGGAAAUGGAAUGGAAAACAAGGGUGAUUCGGUAUCGGCAGUAGUAGUAGAUGGAGAUGGAAUGGAAAGCAAGAUGGGUCGUGGUGAUUCGGUAUCGGCAGUAGUAGU